AUGGAGGCGUCAUACCAGGGGGGAGUAUCGUUUGAAGACAACGAUAAUUUUAAGCGUCUGUCAUCGACGAUCGCAAGCAAUAUUAAAAAGAUAUCGCAGAAUGUGUCCUCUAUGUCAAAGAUGGUCAACCAGCUCCAGACACCUCAAGAUUCACAGGAGCUGCGGAAUCAAUUGCGCCAAAUACAAAAUUACACCCAAAAGCUGGCAAAGGAUACAUCGUCAUUGAUUAUGGAGCUGAUGAAGACUCCGACUGACAUUCCUGCUAAUAAGCUCACAAGGGAGCGGCUGAGCGACGAGUACAUGAGUACUCUCAAUGCAUUCCAAGCCACCCAACGUUCAGCGGCUCAGAAGAGCAAGGAUGAUGUUCGUAAAGUCAAAGCCCAAAAUAUUAACAUCGGAGAUCCGUUUGCACUUGGAGGCGGAGAGGGCGUGGAGCUCGGGGAGCGUGUCGUGCGACAGUCGCAGCUGUCCGCCAGUUCGGAGCGUGAGCUGCAACAGCUGGAAGAACGCGAGAGAGACAUACGACAGCUCGAGAACGAUAUAAUGGACGUGAACCAGAUAUUCAAAGAGCUGGGGUCCAUGAUUCAUGAGCAGGGAGCUGUGGUCGAGUCUAUAGAGUCGAACGUAGAGGAUGCGGCCACGAACGUUGAGUCGGCUGCCCGCGAGCUCAGCCAGGCUGCCACCUACAAGGUAAAAUCUCUAAGAAGUAACAAUGAUGUUCACAAUACACCAAAGAACUCUUUCACUGUUAACAAGAAUACACUCAUGAUAAUAGUAACAAAAGUAGUUUCAUCAAAGUCAAAUUUAUGA